CAAGUAUGCAAAGAUAAAUGAGAAAAUGUUGACAAUAUUUUUCUAUCAUUAAGAAAUGAUACUUUACUGCAAAAUAUUUAUAUUUAAAGAAGAAUCUUGUGAAUAAUUAGGUAAAAUUAUCAUUAUCAUCCUUCCUAUAAUAACAAAUAGGAAUGUUAUGCUAUUAAAAAGAAACCGAAGCAUCAUGUAUAGUUUUGAAGGAGAUUAUAGACGUAAACCGCAACAAAAUUUAGCAGGUGCAAGUAGAAGAGAUGAGAAAUCAGUUUUACUACAGCAUGCUCAAUUAGAACGUUUAAAACGAGAACAACAGCGUAAAAAACAUAAUGCAGCAUUAAAAAUUCAGGCACUUGUGCGUGGUUUUAUAAUAAGAAAGAAUACAAAAAUAAUUAAAAGAACAGAAUUUGAUGAGGAACAACAAAUAAACGGUCGAAGAAAUUUAAAUCUAGAUGAGUUAACAAUAUAUUUCCAAAAAUUAUUGUUUUUUUAUAACCAUACUUUGGAUGCUAACAGAUUAAUAUGGAUACUUCAACAUUUUUUGAAACAUCAGCAAGAAAUUAAACAGAAAUGUGUAAAUUGUUCAGAUUGGUUAUGGAGAUUAAGGUGGAUUCUUCGAAUGUGUAUGCAACAUAAUUCAGAAGCUUUGAUGAAUGGAGCUUAUUCAUUGGCUAUACCAUUGAGAAUGAUAGAAACAUUUACAAGUCGAGAAGAUGCAGAAAAAGUUUUACAUGAAAAUAGUUAUAAAUAUUUAAGAAACAUCUUCAUUUAUUUGAUAAAGCAUAAAUAUUUUGAUCAAUUAAGAAAAUUAAUAGAUAAUAAAGUUCCAUCUAUGUUGGAACCUACUUCUGUUCCUCCAACUCCAAUUUCAAAAUGUUUAGUAGAUAUGAUUAAACGACCGUUAGAUUUAAUUUCUUUUAUAGAACAGGAAGAUAAUUUUUCUAUGCUUGUUUUACAAGAACUUUGUAGAAGUAUAUUAUCUCCAAAAAUGUCUGAUGCAGUAAGAAUGUUUAUCAUUCCAUCGUUAUCUGAAUUUAUAGAAUUUCCCUAUAUUCAAUUGAUUAAAUGUAUUAAUAGAAUUGAAAUUGAACCAACGAUAAGUUUACUUUAUUCCAUUUUAUCUUUAGAAUCAAAUCGACUUUCUGCAUGUAAAUCUAAAGAUAUUCUUAUUAAUUAUUUACAAGUUCUUGCAUCUAUGAGUUCAACUAUAAUACCAUUAGUUGUUGAAGAAAAUAUAGAGCAAGCGAAUGAUUCAGACUCAGAAUCAACCACAAGUAUGAUUGAUCAAGAUCAAGCCGAUAUUCUACAUGAAUGUUCAGAAAUGUUGAAUGAAGAGCAACGUGUUCAAGGAAUACUCUUAGCAGUAGAUCGAAGCAAAGAUCCAUCUGUAUUACAACCAUUGUGCCAACUCUGUCAUCAUCUAUUGAUCACUAACAAAUUAGCCAUUCAUAAAUAUAAAUUGUUAUAUAUGCUCGCUUUUAAACCAAUAUUUUUAAAAAAUUUAUGGGCCGCUUUAUUAUCAGCUUGUCAAAUGUCAUUAUUUGGCGGAGCAACGCCUCUCUUGCAAAUCAUAUCACGGGGUAUUGGUCUUUCUACCGAAGAUACAAAAAAAAUAAUUCCACUAUUAGCUGUAUUUUGUUCAUUAUUCAGUCUACUUAUCGCAACAUUACAUGAUACAGAAUUUUUUAUUCAAGAUCAAUCAUUAGAUAUUAACGGACAACAAGCAAUGCCGUUUACAACUUCGGAAUUAGUAUUGUUAUCAAGUCAUUUAAAAGGCGUUUGCUUAGGUUUGGUCGAGCUUGCAUUUCCCGAUAGCCGACCAACUGUGCGAGAUGAUUAUAAAAGAGCUGUCCUCGGUCCAACAUGUUCCUUACGAAAUCAACAAGAUACACAAAUGUGGACUCAUUUAUUCAAAGUAACAGUUGGUUUAUUACGCCAAUUGCAUAUGCGAGACUUGAGACGACAAUUUUGUCCAGAAGGUCAUUGGAUAGCUUCAAAUAUUGUAAUACCAAUUGAUAAACCUCAAGAUUUCACAUUUCGCAGACGUAGAUUGAGAGGAUAUAUUCCUUUUCAAGGAUUACGAGUGUUUACUCGUGAAGAACUAGAAGAAGGGCCACCUCUCACUGCAAAAGAAGUUCGAACGUUAACGCUUCUUCGCGAAAUACCAUUUGUUGUACCAUUUAAUAAUAGAGUAGUAGCAUUUCAAUCAUUGAUUUAUCGAGAUAAAACGGAACAACAAGGUGAAUUGACACAUUUUAUGCAAGGACCAUCGAUACAAAUAUCGGUAAGAAGAAACUAUCUCUACGAGGACGCAUUUGAGAAAUUAUCACCGGAAAAUGAGCCAGAAUUGCGAUUAAAAAUGCGCGUACAACUUUUUAAUACAGCUGGUUUAGAAGAAGCUGGUGUAGACGGUGGUGGUCUUUUUAGAGAAUUUUUAUCGGAAUUAUUGAAAACAAGUUUCGAUCCUAAUAGAGGCUUUUUUAGACUUACCAAGGAUAAUAUGCUGUAUCCAAAUCCUACAGUGCAAUUAUUGGUUGAUGAUUUCCCGAAGCAUUAUUAUUUUAUCGGUAGAAUUCUUGGAAAAGCUUUAUACGAAAAUUUAUUAGUAGAACUUCCAUUUGCAGAAUUUUUUCUCUCAAAGAUCGUUGGUCGUCAAUCAGAUGUUGAUGUUCAUCAUUUAGCUUCUUUAGAUCCAAUUAUGUAUAGGAAUCUUUUGUAUCUAAAAAGUUACAAAGGUGAUGUUGCGGAUCUUGGUCUAGAUUUUACCGUAUUAUCAGAUGAACUAGGUGAAAGACGAAUCGAUGAAUUGAAACCAGGUGGUGCCAAUAUUCCUGUUACAAAUCAUAAUCGUAUCGAAUACAUUCAUUUGAUGGCCGAUUAUAAGUUAAAUAAACAGAUUCGAGCGCAAUGUUACGCAUUUAAACAAGGUAUAGGUAGUGUAAUACCUUUGGAUUGGCUUCAAAUGUUUAACAAUAAGGAACUACAAGUUUUGAUAUCAGGUGCACAAAUUCCAGUCGAUGUAAAUGACUUAAAAUUACACACUAACUAUACGGGAGGAUAUGCACCUGAUCAUCCGACAAUUAUUGCAUUUUGGAAAGUUGUUAAUGAAUUUAAUGACCAGCAAAAAGGACAAUUACUCAAAUUUGUUACGAGCUGCAGUCGACCGCCUUUACUUGGAUUUAAGGAACUCGAUCCACCUUUUUGCAUUCAACACGCCGGCAGUGUUGAUCGCCUACCGACUUCUAGUACCUGUAUGAAUCUGUUAAAGCUACCAGAAUUUCCAGAUGAGAAAACUUUACGCGAGAAACUUUUAUAUGCAAUACAAGCUGGUGCAGGUUUUGAAUUGAGUUAAAACUCAAAUUUAUCUUAAUUUUAAGAAUUCUUUUAAAUCGGUGAUACCUGAUUGUAUAUAAAUUUUAAGCGUAAUUAACAUUAAGUACACGAAAACAAAAUGCAAAAAUGAAAGUCGUAAUUCAUUAUUGAA